UGCAAAUGGUAUUAAAUGGUCAAUGUAAGUCUUAGAUCUCUAGACCUCCCAGUUGAUCUAUGGUGCAAUUGGUCUCUACGGCAAGCUUGGUCAAGUUGAAGGAGGAAGACUCGUUCGAACUUCGCCAUGGAAGUCUCAGGGAAUGCUGAAGAUAUCCUGGUCAUCGGUGGUGGCCUGAGCGGCCUGGUGGCUGCACUGGCCGCGGAGUUCAGCGGAACGGGUGCUGUGCAGCUUUUUGAGGCGGAGCGCAGCCUCUCUGGCGCCGGAGGUCGCGCGGAGCUCCAUCGCUCCGUGGCAAGCGCCAGGUCUGAAGAAGAUCCGGAAACUCUUCAAAGAUUGUCUCAGCUUGGGGUGAUCAUCGAGGAGACUGGAAAGUCCACGGCGGUAGAGAUACUCAAGUCGCUGACCUUGGCCGUUCAGCGAUCUUCGAAGAUUCAAGUACGAACGAGCUCACCUGUCAUCAGGUUGCUUCACGCUGGUGGCUCAUGCUAUGGCUGCGUUUCUUCGACUCCCAAGGGAGAGAUCUCCGUGAAGGGCAAAGUGAUCCUCUGCUGCGGUGGCUUCCUUGCAGAUGCCAAGCCAAGAUCAAUUCUUGGAAUGUAUCGUUCUGACCUCCUCCAUUGGCCAAUCCCUUUCGACUUUGGCCGCCGACACCUCCACGACCUUGAUUUGGGCCACCUGGUGGCCCCGGAGCAAGUCCAAGUUUUUGCCACUGCAGAGGCACAUGGCCGGCGGGCCAGGCGUUUGCUGCCUCGAUGUUUGCGAGACGGAGGAUGCCUCAUGUCAAGUCGGGGAGAGGUGCCCCUGGCUGAUCGCUCUGAAGAGGAGAUUGCCAGACAUAUUCUGCGUAAAGGUCCCUGUUGGCUGAUCCUUUGGGACUUCCAUCCUGCGGCGCCACGGGGAAGCUUACGGCGGCUCAGCCUGAAGGAUUUGGCUGAAGAGAUGAAGGUGUCCCAAGGAUGGCUUUGUCAGGCACUGAAGAGACGGUGCAGCGAAGGUGCGAUUUUCUUGAGCUUCCCGGACGAGGAUCUCUUCCUUUGGGCGGCAGAGGUGACGCCGGCCCUGCUGUGUUGCGAAGGCGGUUUGGCCAUCGAAGGAGACACGGGAGCUGUCCUUUCUCAUGAAGAUCAGCCGAUUGCAGGUCUCUUUGCAGCCGGUGAGGCAGCUGCCUUUUCAGGAGGCUCUUUGUCAAGCUGCGUCACCUCAGCCUUGAAUGCCUCGUCAUCAGCUGUGGCGGCCGCAGCUGUUUGCAUCGAUGGCGAGGUGGAGGCAGCUGAGAACCCGAGUGAGCUGCCGGCCUUCUCGCCCGUCGCGGAAGAGGGCGCGAAUGAGCCAGCCCAGCCCGGUGAGCUGCGUGGACGAUUGGCCCUCAAUCGACUCGAGGACUUCCUAGAGAAACAUCUCACCGCGGAUCUGGUGCAGGAGGCCUUGCUGAGGUCGUUGGAGGAUGGCAAUCUUUCAAAAGUGGCCAAGGAUCUGUGUUGCGAGCUCACGAGCUUGUGGGGGCUUCCGAGUGGCCAGGCGCUCUCGUUGGCACUUCGAGAUCCGUCACACCUGCCGACACGCCCCAUGAUUGCAGCCCUACCCCAGGCUGGACGCUUGAACAGCGAGGUGUCUACGAGCUGCGUGCACUGUCGCCUUCCACUGAAGCUCGAGGUUUCUGCUGAGUUGAUGAAUGGCCAGCCGACAGAAAUGCCUGCCGUGCAUGCCAACGGAGUCUCUGAAGGUCACUUCGCUUACGCCACCCUACUCUAUGGACAUGGGGUGGAAUACUUCCUCGGAGCCUUAGUGCUUGGCUGGUCUUUGCAGAACAAAGGAUGUCAAGAAGAAAGGCUACUGCUACAUACCAAAGAUGUACCCGAGUCCUUCUUGGAUGCUUUGCAGCAGUACUGGAAGCUGCAAGAGGUGGACUACCUCCAUGGCGACAAGUCCAUGUACAAGAACCACGAGGGCUCGCGUUUCCAGGAUGUCUUUACCAAGUUGCAGGCGUUGUCCUGCACGGAGUACUCGAAGGUUCUUAUGAUGGACCUAGACAUGCUGGUUCGUGGCAACCUGGAUGAGCUCUUCCACUUGCGCGCCCCGGCGGCGCUGAAGAGAUCUUCAGGCCGGGAGCAGCCGGAACAUGGCGGCGACUUCUUUGCCGAGGACUAUUAUACCCGGCAUGCAGACGACAUGUAUGGCAUCAACGCAGGUGUCAUGCUCUUGGAGCCCAACAUGGACGUCUACCACCGGAUGCUCCGUGAAAUUCAGGACCCUCGGCAUCCUGAGCAUAUCAAGACCUUUGGGCCCGAGCAGGACUACUUGGGUCGCUUCUAUGGAACCUUCGCAUGGGGCGCCUGGACACAUUUGCAUGCCAGGUUCAAUUACCAACCAAAUCUUCCUGAUGACUAUGUGAGCACGGCUCAUCGCAACAUUGACGUCUUGCAGGAUGUCGUGGUGGCCCACUAUAGUGGCCCAAAGGUGAAACCCUGGAAGAUUCCCAACUUGGAGCUGAACGUCGCCGGCGUGCGCCGCUUGAUCGAGGAGGAUGAGCUUCGAUGGCUCAUGGGCGCAGAAGCUGCGCGUCCCAAUCGGGAAGGAAAGGUGGUCAUGGAUGGAGUGGAAAUCCGGACACGAAGCUCUGGACUCCCGGAAAACGUGCAGAUGCUCAUGUGGGAAUGGAUCUUGGCACUCCGCCAGUGCAACCUGGACUUGCUUGAGGAGAACACUUCUUCAACAUCUCGGCGUGUCCAGCUGUCCAGCAGAGCGUGACCAGCUGCUUCAAGUCCGGAGAAACUCGUGGUCCUCCCCAAGUCAGGCUGGCAUGGAUUUGCUCACUCUCAUCGAUGCCAAGAACCUGUGAGCGCAGCCAUGAGAUGGGCGAGGGAUGGAGCCAUGAGUGGAAGGUGUUGGGUGGGCAUUCAUGUGAAGUCGCAUGUUGGAGUGUAUCAGAUGCUGUGGUGCCUCCUAGUUAGUAUGUACGUCAGUACUUCUCGCCUGCUGCAGUUCGAAGCAUCAUCCUGAAAAUCCGCAGAGAUUGAUCGUGAGCAGAGGGAGAGCCGACAACAGAGCG